CUCCCCGGGUCGUUCGAGCCAGCACUGAGCCCGCAGUUUAAUAAAUAAGCGCGAGCGCCAUCAGCUUCACCAGCCCGAGGUCCAGCGGAGCAGACACACAGACCCGCCGGGGCCCCUCUUCCAGCCCUGAAGCAACCGGACAGUUCCCAAACGGGAUUCUGGAACCGCAGCUCGUAAAUCAUCAAAUUCUCAAGCUUUUUCUCUCUCCGUCCCAGCCAUCCCAGUCUUCUUUUUAUUUUUAUUUUUUUAACCUUUUUUUUUUUUUUUUUUUUGCCCCUUUCAUUAUGAAAGUGGUCACGCCAUUAAAUAUUAAGACUUGGAGGGAAUUGGGGAAAGAAAAGAAAGAAUCUAAAAGAAGAGAAGCCACUGGUGCUUUUAAGGGUGCCUAAUUUUCUAAAGAGACGUCUCGGAGGAUUUUGCUCGGGGCGUUCCGAGCAACUUCGCGGACCGCGGAGCUCGCCCAGCAUGGAUGUUCCAGGUCCACGGGCGCCUUUCUUCUGAGAACGACCCUGGCCUUGACCGUCAGAGCGAGGGACCGAGGCCCGCGGAGGUUGCUCCGGGCCCCGCGCGCUCCUGCGCGUCCUCCCGCGCUGCUCCGGCCCCCGCCGGCCUCCGCCCCCGCGCGCCGCCCCCCACCAGCCCAGAUGCCGGCGCCGGGCCGGGGGCCACGCGGGCUGCGGCUGACCAUGCCCGGGCGCCGGGGGGCGCUGCGCGGGCCGGGCAGCUGCGGAUCCUGCCUGGGGGUGGCGCUGGCCCUGCUGCUGCUGCUGCUGCCCGCCUGCUGCCCCGUGCGGGCGCAGAACGACACGGAGCCCAUCGUGCUGGAGGGCAAGUGCCUGGUGGUGUGCGACUCCAGCCCGUCGGCGGACGGCGCCGUCACCUCCUCCCUGGGCAUCUCCGUGCGCUCCGGCAGCGCCAAGGUGGCCUUCUCCGCCACGCGGAGCACCAACCACGAACCGUCCGAGAUGAGCAACCGCACCAUGACCAUCUAUUUCGACCAGGUAUUAGUAAAUAUUGGCAACCACUUUGAUCUUGCCUCCAGUAUAUUUGUAGCACCGAGAAAAGGGAUUUAUAGCUUCAGUUUCCACGUGGUCAAAGUGUAUAACAGACAAACCAUCCAGGUCAGUUUAAUGCAGAAUGGCUACCCAGUGAUCUCCGCCUUUGCGGGAGACCAGGAUGUCACCAGAGAAGCUGCUAGCAAUGGUGUGCUGCUGCUCAUGGAGAGGGAAGACAAAGUGCAUCUCAAACUUGAGAGAGGCAACCUCAUGGGGGGCUGGAAAUACUCCACAUUCUCGGGCUUCUUGGUGUUUCCUCUAUAAACACAGAGCCCCCUGGAUGGUAGGGAAAUGGCAAUCUGGACCCAGGAAUCCGCCCUUUAAAACACCCUAAACUUGCUGGAAUUGGACACCUUGUUUCCAACCUCCGUCAGACUGUUGCAGUAGAAAAAUGAUUUCCUUCGAAACCUUCAGUACUUUUUGCUUUUUUUUUUUUCUUUUGGAAUAUUGACAAUUCCUCGGGAACCUGGACUCUAAUUAGUUUUAGAUGACAAGGUCUUAAGGAGAAAUGAAAUGAUCGAUUUGAGCAAUUUGUACCUGUGAUUGUAAAGUCAAUAUCGGAUUUUAUUGUUGGGACCAUGGGCCUCUUUUGUUUGUAUGUUGCGUGUUGUCCCAAUGGAAGGAGAGCUCCUGACUCCAGGAUGGGCUGCAGGUUGCAGUCGGGGCUUGAAGCAGGAGCCCAGCAGAGAACCACCCGCUGGACAGUCCUUGACAUGUGUUCUGUGUGUGUCUGUAUAGCCUUAAGAAAAAGAACGGCUUCACUUUCAUUCUGUAUCUUCCCCCCCCACCGUGUGGAUGGGAGGACUUGGGAGGGGGAUGGGGACAUUGUGAACCUGUCAAGAAGUGCUUUAUCCAGAGAAGCAAAUUUUGCACGAUUGGACUGUAACGUUUGCUUUGUAUUGUUUGUGUGUUUUUUCUUUAAAAGCUUUACUUUCCUUUCCGCACUCAGCUCUCCCGCCUCGACCUCACUUUUAUUUUUCUCGCUGGGGUUGGGGAGAGAAAAUAUAUGCUGAAUUCCUGGAUAAGACCAAACAAAACAAAACUUUAAAAUAACUGUAUGUUUUUUUAGAUGAGACCAAACUAAACAAAAAGUAUCUGUUUAUCAAAGUAAAAAUAACACAAUGGACAAUUCUGCUUAUUCUCUCAAAGAGAUUCUAAGAUGCACCUUUAGAACUAUUAAUAGCAACCUGGAUUUUUUUUUUUUAAUUUAUACUUCAGAUUCUUUUAACUUGGUGUUCCUGGGUGGUCCUGAAUCACAUAAGUUGGGAGUGGAAGCUGUAAAGGCCAAAUCCCCUACACAUACUGUUUCUUUGCCAUGUGUGAUGUGACUUCUCAGCGGGUGUUUUAAAUUAUUCGGAUCCACCUCUGAGUGAGCCCACAGUAACCGGGUGCUUCAAAGCCAACAGGACCAGCUCCUCUUCCUCCGGAUCCUCUUUUGAUCUGCCCAGGAAAGGGAUGCAUUGACACUCUCCUGCAUGCACCUGGCCAGAAGCCACCUGGAAGUCACCGUGGUUAAGAUAUUGGUGGAGGCACCCCAGGAGCACUGAUACAAAUCCUUCUUGUUUUGGCGUCUUGUACAACAACGUUAUUAAGACACAGCUGAGAGUUGAUGGAUGUGUAAUUCAUAUGCCAAGGACAUGUCAGUCAUCCCAAAGCAAUCAAAGAAGAGACCUCAAACCGGAUGUUAAUUUGUUCUUUGUGUAACAAUGUAACCAAAAUAUUGAUGACAAAAAGUCAUAAUUUAAGAUUCAGAAUAAAUGGAUUUGAUGUCU